AUGGGCAGUGGAGGAGGGGCACUCAUAAGGGACAACCAAGGAAACUUCAUUUUUGCCUAUAACUUUAAUCUGGGGCAGGGUACUAGCAACAUGGCUGAAGCUUCAGCUUUAUUAGAUGGCCUGAAAUGGUGGGCAAACAAUGGAAUCAAUUUAGUAUGGGGAGAGAAUGAUUCCCUUCUACUCGUUAAAUGCAUUAAAAGAGAGUGGAAAUCACUAUGGAAGAUUGCAAAAGAGAUUCAGCAAAUUCAGAAUCUAGUUGAGGAAAAUGGAUUCAACAUCAGCCACUGUUUUAGAGAAGCCAACAAACCUGCAGAUAAGUUAGCUUCCUUCAGUCACAGUACUAAUGGAAUCCAAGUCUUCAACUCCUUCUCUGUGGUUCCCAGAUCAGUUAGAGAGCUAAUCAACUUGGACAAAUGGAACCUGCCUAGUUUCAGAAUCAGACCUGUCAAACCAUCCCUACGUGUGUAUGAUCCACCUUGA